AUGAGAACUACACCCACAUCAGCCCUAGAAACAGUCCUUUCACUUGGCCCGAUCGACCUGUUUACAAAAGAAUCGGCGGCCAUAAGUGCCCUUCGUUUGAAGGAGGGCAAGAACUGGAAAGGGGGCCACUUGGGUUAUAAAAUAAUAAUGAACUAUGUUGCAAGUAACAUUCAAACUGACUAUACUCUUCCAUUCAAUGAUUUCAACCCAGUAGCGCUGACAGACUUCCCCACAAGGGAACUCUGGGAGUCAAACAGGGUCAUUAUUGCAGAUCAUGUCUCGGUUUUCACUGACGGGUCUAAAACAGACCUAGGCGUAGGGUCAGGCAUCUUUUCAGAUAACCCUCCCAUAAACAAAUCACUGAAACUCCCUGACUUCUGUAGUGUUUUUCAAGCGGAAGUUUUUGCAGUUUGCGAAGCAGCUAACAUACUCUCAGCACUCAAUUUAAAGAACAAAAAUAUUGAUAUCUUUAUAGACAGUCAUCAGGCAGCAAUUAAAGCCAUUUCCUCUAUUGUCACGAAGUCUAAACUAGUUGACCAUUUUCGUAAUACACUAAGGUCCCUAAACAUAACGAACAUAGUUACCCUUCGAUGGGUCCCAGGACAUCGUGAUAUACAAGGGAAUGAAAGGGCAGAUGAAUUGGCCAAAACAGGAUCAAGACUUGAUCCGUGCCAAACCGUUCCAUGGGUGCUUAUGCCAAUGGAGCACGAAAAAAGCAGAAUAAAGCAAAGCUUCUUGAACUCUGCAAACGACAGAUGGUCAGCUCUUGAAACCUGUCGUGUUUCUAGAAAUCUCUGGCCGACCAUUUCUAAGAACAAAACUGAAACCAUACUUAAGCUAAGCAGGCCUCAGCUGUCCCUAUUGAUUGGUAUCCUUACAGGGCACAACUCAAUGGGAACCCACAUGAGCAGAAUGGGUAUUGUCUCAUCAGACUUAUGUAGAGGGUGUCAAGACGAAGAGGCGGAGGAGGGCUCAUACCACUUCCUUUGUGAAUGCCCCAGUUUAGCAAAAAGCAGGAAAACAACUCUCGGAGAUUACUUCUUCGAUGAGUUAGAUGACGUCUCGUCCUUGCCACUGAAAAACAUAAUGAAAUUUAUCCAAAUUUCAGGAUGGUUCAGGGAGGCCCCUAACACUAACUCCAACACCUAA